AACAUUUCAGUCUCAGAGGAAUCAUUUUGUGGUGUACUCUUGGUCAUGCCUAUGGGAGUCAGUAAAUCAACAGGAUUACCUUUCCCUUCAAAUGUCCACGUGAAGGACAGGAGGAUGUUUAACGGGAAGACCAAACAUCGUCAGUGCUCAAGUCCAGUAGAUAACAAAGAACAGAAAGAAAACAAAACUUAGGUAUUUUACUGGAAUCUGAGUGAAUAAAUAGGGACCACAGGACAAAUGGCAAACAACUGCUUGAGUUACAUCAGAAGGAAAGAAGAAAUGAUGAACCCGGAUUUCCAAUAUGAAACUGUUGCACAAUAUGAUUAAAGGAGCUAACAAGUGCUGAUUACACAUUAGAAAAUCUUCUACAGGAUUUUAAAACAAAAGGAACAACUUGUCCAGAGUAUAAUUGAUGCUUCCAGUUAAAUUUCACAAUUUUGCACCUCAGGGAAUACUUUUGUUUUUCUUAGAGAGCAAAUAAACUGACCAUUUCACCUUGGCAAUUAUUAACCUGCCUCGUUUUUUAUAACUAGGAAAAAUUUGGCUUAUCUCCAUAUUUUAGUUGAGAUGACAUAUUAAUUCAUAUCUUUAUGGGUAAAAUGUUAUUACCCUUAAUACAAAGCAAAGUUUCAGCUGGACUUUGGUUUUACUUAAUCUUCAAUGGAACAUUAUUGAAGUUACAGUACAAAAAUUCUCUGAAAGAACAUAAUAAUAAGUUGUAAAAUAUAUGUAUCUUUAUAAAGAUAUAUUAUUGGAUCUUUCACAAAAAGUCAUACAAGUGGGGAAAAAAGAAAAAUAUCAGAGUAUUGGGAUUUGUCCUUGAAUCUUCUCUUUUAGCUUUGUUUCAGUUAAACCAGUGUCCACAUGUUUGUUUCUGGAUUGAAGCCAGAAUCAACAUUGUCCCUAUUUCUAAUCAAAUAAUGGAGAAAUAAUUACAAAUUCUGAAUGCAAUUAGAGGAUCCUGGGAAGCAGAGUGUCUGGAUGGAGCCUGAGCUGGGUCUCUGACUCACUUCUGACUUUAGUUUUUUCAAGGCGAAACAUGGCAAAGAUGUUUAGUUUCAUCCUUGUUACCACCGCUCUGAUAAUGGGCAGGGAAAUUUCGGCGCUCGAGGACUGUGCCCAGGAGCAGGUGCGGCUCAGAGCCCAGGUGCGCCUGCUUGAGACCCGGGUCAAACAGCAACAGGUCAAGAUCAAGCAGCUUUUGCAGGAGAAUGAAGUCCAGUUCCUUGAUAAAGGAGAUGAGAAUACUGUCAUUGAUCUUGGAAGCAAGAGGCAGUAUGCAGAUUGUUCAGAGAUUUUCAAUGAUGGGUAUAAGCUCAGUGGAUUUUACAAAAUCAAACCUCUCCAGAGCCCAGCAGAAUUUUCUGUUUAUUGUGACAUGUCCGAUGGAGGAGGAUGGACUGUGAUUCAGAGACGAUCUGAUGGCAGUGAGGACUUUAACAGAGGAUGGAAAGACUAUGAAAAUGGCUUUGGAAAUUUUGUCCAAAAACAUGGUGAAUAUUGGCUGGGCAAUAAAAAUCUGCAUUUCUUGACCACUCAAGAAGACUACACUUUAAAAAUCGACCUUGCAGAUUUUGAAAAAAAUAGCCGUUACGCACAAUAUAAGAAUUUCAAAGUUGGAGAUGAAAAGAAUUUCUACCAGUUGAAUAUUGGGGAAUAUUCUGGAACAGCUGGAGAUUCCCUUGCGGGGAAUUUUCAUCCUGAGGUGCAGUGGUGGGCUAGUCACCAAAGAAUGAAAUUCAGCACGUGGGACAGAGAUCAUGACAACUAUGAAGGGAACUGCGCGGAAGAAGAUCAGUCUGGCUGGUGGUUUAACAGGUGUCACUCUGCAAACCUGAAUGGUGUAUACCACAGCGGCCCCUACACGGCUAAAACAGACAAUGGGAUUGUCUGGUACACCUGGCAUGGGUGGUGGUAUUCUCUGAAAUCUGUGGUUAUGAAAAUUAGGCCAAAUGAUUUUAUUCCAAAUGUAAUUUAAUUGUUGCUGUUGGGCUUUCGUUUCUGCAAUUCAGCUUUGUUUAAAGUGAUUUGAAAAAUACUCAUUCUGAACAUAUCCAUGCGCAAUCAUGACAACUGUUGUGAGUAUCGCUUUUCAUUCUUCUCACUUGCCUUUGUUACUUAAUGUACUUUCAGUACAGCAGAUAUGCAAUAUUAACCAAAUAAAUAUAGAUUGUGUUAA